AUGGACUCGACUACAGCUCUUCACCUACACUACCUUUCCACUCCAGGCCCGAUGGACGAUUCGUCAUCAUUUCCGCCGAGUGGUAUCCAAUUAGAUGCGCCUGAAAAGACCACGGCCUCCACUCAGCCUCCCCUCGAGGUCAACCACAAACGCCUUUCGCAAUUCWAGUCCACACCUCGCCUGGGUUCCAGCCAAAGGGCGGACUGGAGCCCUCACCUCCUGUUCCCCCAACCAAACAAUUUCAGCCGGCCCGUUAGAUUGUCAACCAGUCAUUCAUCCGACGACAUCAUGUCUGUCAAUUCGAGCCAUGAGCGCAAUGAGCGGAGUGAGCGGAGUGAAGUACCACGAGCAGGAAGAGGAGGCCCUCCGGGGAGGAAGGUCGAAUUCUUCAGUCCGGCGACUUUCCAGCAAGUUCUCCAGGACCCAACGACGAUGCACCAGCUUCUUCUCUUCAGCAAGUCACGCCUUUGUGGGGAGGAUGUCGAGUUCCUUGGUCGUACUGAACAGUACAACAAGCUGCUGGCUGAAAUGACCAAAAUGCUUGUGGACAUUGAUCAAGACUUUCUCUCCCCUAGGGCGCACAGCCAGAUCAACAUGCCAGAGGCGCUGUUAGACACGACCCACAAUCGGGUUAAGCUCGUUGUGAAGAAGACGAUGCCUGUCAUGGAGCUGGUACUUCGAGAAGCACAGCAGACCAUGGAGCAGAUCGUCUUCGCCGAUAUCUACCCGCGAUUUGUCCGGCAUCAAAUGACAAUGAGCGCUUCAAGAGCGCUUGCGAAUGAUCGAUACAAGUACCAGGGACUCGGAGAUUGCUUUUGCUUGACAGAUCCACGGAUUGCCGACAACCCAAUCGUCUACGCGAGCGAUGGCUUCAUUCAAGUCACUGGCUACUCAAGAAAGCAGGUCAUCCCGCGUAAUUGUCGAUUUCUUCAAGGACAGGAUACCGACCAAGCCGCGAUCAGUCGCUUACGAGAUUGUAUCAAAAUGGGAAAGGAAUCAGUGGAGCUGAUCCUCAACUACAAGCAAAAUGGCGAGCCGUUCUGGAAUCUGCUAUACUGCGCACCUCUUUACGGGGCGAAUGGCGAGAUUGAUUUCUUCAUUGGCGGUCAGAUCAAUGCAUCCACCACCAUUCACUCGAAUGCAGAUAUCAUGAAUGUUCUUGGAAGUUCAGACAAGCAAUCCGAGCCAUCGCCUGUUCCCACGCCACCAAAAGCUCCUAGUAUCAGACCUCCCUCAUCUCGCAACUUCUUCAAGACCGCGCUUAGAUACACACAGCGGCAAGAGCCAGUACAAGUCUUGACUGAAGCUGGUGCAGAAGUCGGCAUGCUUCGCGAUCUAGAAGGCAAAUCCCUUCCAUCGCAAAUGCAGCAAUUCUACUCCGCAUAUUCAAAGUACCUUGUCGUGAGAUACGACACCAUGAAGGUCGAAUACAGCUCCAAAGGAAUCUUCGAGGUUCUGGAUCCUGCAAUCAUUGGGAAUUCCACGGCGGUUGGAAUGAAUGUCUUCAAAUUCUUCAAGCUGAGCAUGAUAGCCCGGAAUCAGAACGAUUACCAAAGGAAGGUAGAAGCAGCUCUCAAGCAGGGAAGUGCCAUUACCGUGCUGCUUCAGCUGCAAACCCGACGUUCGGCGGUCUUCAGAGGUGAUGAGGCUUUUGCUGUGCAUUGGACGCCGAUCAAGGACGAGUACGCGGCAGUGCGGUAUCUGGCGAUUUGCUUGAGUCCUACCCUUGAGUGA